AUCUGCUUUAGAGCUGAUUCGACCGCCAACUAAGUUACGUUGUGUUGUGUCACGCGGAGGAAGUUGAGCGCAGUUUGUUUCGAGACGGUCCGAUUCGUGUAGAUACAGACACACACACACGGUGUGAUGUGUGUGCGACACGAAAUGCCAGCUUUUCGCGUUUUGUAACAGGAAAUUUCGGUGUUCUGCGAACCGCCGCUAUUACCGUGUAGCUAACACAGCAAAAAAAAAAAAAAAAAAAAAAGAAGCCCCAUGUUUUCGUCAAGCCAAGAGGAGCACUGCGCCCCGUCCAAAGACCCGGUGAAAUACGGGGAGCUGGUAGUUCUGGGGUACAAUGGCUCCCUGCCCAACGGAGAUCGGGGUAGACGGAAAAGCAGAUUUGCGCUAUACAAGAGGACCAAAGCCAAUGGUGUUAAGCCCAGCUCUGUGCACAUCCUCAACACACCCCAGGAUAGCAAGGCUGUGAACUGUAAAGGCCAACACAGCAUCUCCUACACACUGUCCAGGCACCAGACGGUGGUGGUGGAGUACAGCCAUGAUAAAGACACAGACAUGUUUCAGAUUGGACGUUCCACUGAGAGUCCCAUAGACUUUGUGGUUACUGAUACAGUAGCAGGAGGCCCGGAGGGAGAGGAGACRCCGAUCACACAGAGCACCAUCUCCCGCUUUGCCUGCAGAGUUGUGUGUGAACGCAACCCGCCCUACACUGCUCGCAUCUACGCAGCUGGGUUCGACUCCUCCAAAAACAUCUUUCUGGGGGAAAAAGCUGCAAAGUGGAAAAACCCCGAUGGUCACAUGGAUGGCCUAACAACCAAUGGGGUGCUGGUAAUGCACCCUAAGGGGGGGUUCACGGAAGAGUCCAAGCCCGGCGUGUGGAGAGAGAUCUCUGUUUGUGGAGAUGUGUAUACGCUGAGGGAGACCCGCUCAGCACAAACACCUGGAAAACUGGUGGAGAAUGAGAGUAACAUCCUGCAGGACGGCUCCCUGGUGGAUUUGUGUGGCGCCACUUUGUUAUGGCGCACCGCUGAGGGUCUCUUUCACACUCCCACCCAGAAGCACCUGGAGGCUCUGAGGCAGGAGAUCAAUGCUGCACGGCCCCAGUGCCCCGUAGGUCUUAAUACCCUGGCAUUUCCCAGCAUGCAGCGCAGUCGAGUCCUCUCGUCUCUAGAGGACAAGCAGCCUUGGGUCUACUUGGCAUGCGGCCACGUGCAUGGCUACCACAACUGGGGUCACCGCUCAGAGCAGGAGCCCAACAAUCAGCGGGAGUGUCCCAUGUGCCGAGUGGUGGGUCCCUACGUCCCGCUGUGGCUGGGCUGCGAGCCAGCGUUCUACGUGGAUACCGGCGCUCCCACGCACGCCUUCGUGCCGUGCGGACACGUGUGCUCGGAGAAGUCGGUCAAGUACUGGUCGGAGAUCCCUCUUCCCCAUGGCACCCACGCCUUCCACACCGCCUGCCCCUUCUGCGCCACUCAGCUCAGCCCGACUCAGGGCUGGUCCAAGCUCAUCUUCCAGGGCCCGGUGGACUGAGCGAAGAGGAAAACCGGAACGUGCUGGGAACCUGUUCCGAUCAUUUUGUGCUUUCCUUUGUUUGUGUAAGCCCGCCUUGGAAACAAGUAUGUUCAUUUACUGUGAAAACUGAACAUGGCAAACUGAGAGCCUUUUUGGCUAUUUGGAUGGCUACUGUGAUAAACAACGAGGAGCACAACUGAACAAGAAAUGUAUGGACUCCUUUAGAAUGAAAAACUGUUUCAGCUGUCCCACCCAGUACCUGCUGGGCUUCCAUCAGGUUGCUGUAAAACUGCAAUGAUUCAAGGAAUGAGCUGAAUUUGACUCCAGCAAACAAGGUUGAUCAGGUUUAGUUGAGAAUUUAAAAAAGUGACAAAGUUUCCACAGAGCCAGACAGCUGGACUGUUGGCUGGGAGAAAAGCCAGGAGAAACUUGGGGUUUAAAACUCCCCAUCUGCUCCUCUUGGCCGUCAGCUAUUAAAGGCAUCCGAAUCCAACUCACUUAAAGUGGCUUCCAUUCACCAAUCAAACUUCAGGAGCUUUUUGUGUACAGAGACAAACUCCAGUGCCUCAAAUCCCAACAAACAGUGGGAAUGUUUUUACUAAAAUUUGAAUAUAUAUAUAUAUAUAUAUAUUUUGUUGAAGGUAAAGACGAGAUAGUUUUACAUACAGAUCAUAAGAAAACGACAGCCCACAUGGAUUCUAACACAAGUGGUAUUUUACUACACUGUGUCCCUUUUAAUGUUUUUCUAAUGCAAAUGUUAAUAUAUUUUUCUCCUUCCUAUGUAAUGUGCGUGAGAGUGCAUGUGUGAAUACAUGUGAGGGUGGGUUGGACUGUGCUUGCAUCAUCUCACCCAAAAACCCCCUUUUAUGAUCUUGUCCCACCACCGAAAAAUGCUGACAGAGUCAACACGGGAACGAAAACAAGGUCACAGGGUUUCACAAUGAAUGUAUGGGAACACAGCGACUCCUCACUGGUGCUGCUAUAAUUAUAUGACCCGCUUUCCUAGUUUAGCUGAGGCUCGCUCGCGGUUUAAGACGACAUUGGUGGGUUUAGAAAAACACCUGCUUGCUAUCAAGCUCAUUCUGUGCUGUUUGUUAGCUUUAUCCCAGCCUGAGUCUGAUCCAGCGAUUUGUUCACUGUCGAACCUGGGCACAUUCUCAGCAGCAUCCAGAGAUUAUACCAAAUAUAAGAUCUUUUCUCUCCACACGCGAGAGGCAGCAGCCAAUCCAAAGUGUUUCUGUAAACAAUCGUAACCACAAACUGCUGCUAUGAUGGAAUGUUGACAGCCUGGGAUUACAGCAGAGGCUCAAUGCGAACAAUAUAAUCACGCUGUCUGCCAAAUUUUGUACAUUCUAUUGUGCGUAGAUGAGUCAAGUUGUCCCGAACCAAGUAGCAGAUGAAUUGAAAUCUGGGACGAAUCUGCGCAUUCUUGUGUGAGGAUGGCUUACUAGACUGUGCCCAUGUGUAGAAUGUCAGUUCUUCCACUAGUUUAUCAAAAACAAUGGAGCAUUAAAACAAUGAGGCGUUGACAGCAUUCAGGUUUUUCUCCAGGCUGCAUUAAAAUGAAUAAAACUCCUUCAGGUGCCGCAAAAGGGCAAAAUCGACGACGAUUAAGGAUUCUGAAACAAAAAACAAUUUAGGGCUUUUUUUUUUUACUAGGUUUUCCUCCAAAAUAACAUUUGUAAUCUAAAAUGUCAGCAGCAUUACGUUUCUGUCACAUCACAGAGGAGUUUGCUUGAUUUCUGCAGAUUUUCUGUCACUGCCUUGCAGGGGUCGCACACUGCUCCUCUCAUACGUGUGCAGUAGCAUCCCCCCACCCUGACGCCCCCUCUCUCACACUUGAAGCUCAAACACUGUGCUCACUGCUUAAGAAGAGCGUGUUCUGUAACAGCUGCAGAGUAGCCGCCUCAAAAACAUUCCUCCUCGAUCAACAUGGGUGGAGCUCGCAGUUCACCCAAGGGCUUGUUCUGUGAAUUUAGUCUUCUGCAGGAACUCUGUACACAAAGCCAUAGGACACACACACACACACACACACACCGAUGCUCCUGAUGCCUCCUUUGCAGAGAAUAAAAUAUUUUUUUGUGGAAAACGUGCUGCUCUGUGUUGGAUUUUAUACUUGUGGACUCAAGGGCAUCAUUUGAUGCACUGAUUUAUAAGUCUGUGUGCAUUUGAAGWGGAUUUGUUGGUUUUUAUUCAGCCCUCGCCUUUGAACUCCAGAUGUCUGUCUUCAUGUUCAGUCCACCAACACAGCAGUGAUGUUUAAUCGCUGUUACAUGUGUGUUUCAUCAUGCCUCUGUGUGAGCGUUUACCUACUAUCUUGGUUGCCAGAGUGGCUCUGAAUGUUGAUAGCUCUAUCAGAAUAUUUGUUUAAGAUAAGGCAAACGAUGUUCUUGAAGUUUCAUGUUCCGAUUCAAUCGGCUUUAUCUUUAAUUUCGAAAGUAAGUGUUUGGUUAUCGUUCCUCUUAGUGGUCACUUCCCCACAGGAGCCACAGGGGGGCACUGUUUCCUCAUCAAUAGAGAUGUCUCGCCCAUCCAAACACUAAAACCGAGGCAUCCAAAAAGCUAAAGCAAAGAAAUUAAAGUUUUAUUUGUACUGAAAAUUAUUACACAGAUACAUAAAAAAUAAGCGGAAUAGAAUUUGCCUUGGCAUGCCUGUGGAUGAGAGAAAUUCCUCUGAAUGUGCAAACAGACAACUAGAAAAGAUGUAUGUCUUAUAUUUAAAGAUUUUACUCACAUCUUUCACAUUAUUUAUGUCUUUGCCUAUGCAGUCAAAUUAAUUAUAAAUGCUUUUAUUUCCCAUCUAACUCCUGGCUGGACGCCAGAGAAAUGGCUUAUGUGUGCAUUUAGUUUGUUUGCAAAUUUUAGCUUUAUUUACACCCCCCCCCCCCCAUGCAUUUUAAAAACAAACAUGCUGACGAUGACACUUUCCGUCACUCGUGUGUUUUCAUCUCUAUAAAAAGGGCACAUGAAAGUGAUUUAAAUACGUGUCAGUUAGGCGGUGGGAGAGAACUGAAGCUGCGUGAUGCUUCCUGAUUAACAUUUCUGCAUGCAGCUGAUGGGAAAUGGGUUCAUACGUCUGCACAGCUGCCUGUUUAUCUGAAUGACAGAAGAGACAGUGAAGGUGACAGCAUGCUAAUUUUGGGAUCACUUGGUGACUCCCCUGCUUUAAGCAGGACAGGGUUAUGCAAAUAAAGUGGAAUGACAUGA